AUGGCACGCAAACUAAGCCACCAGAGGGUCACCUAUGUACUCCCUCUGCCAGAUGCCCCAGGCGGGCAUCGGCUGGGGGUCAAUGGUCUGACCGUUGACCGUCAGAACUCCAUCCUGUACUCCGCGGGCCGCGACGGCGUGAUCUGCUCGUGGGAUCUCGACUUUUCCUGCCCUUCCUCGUUUGCGCCCACAGACCUUGCGACCUCGAGACGGAAGCCCAGUCCGACUGGCUUCAAGACACAGGUGCAGGCUCACAGCCACUGGAUCAACGAUAUCGUCUUGGCGGAGGAUAACUCCGCGCUCGUUUCCGCUUCGUCCGACACUACCGUGCGACUCUGGCGCCCGCAUUCCGAGUCUACCGAUGUCCCCGAGCGCAUCGGUAAACAUACGGAUUAUGUUAAGGCCUUGGCGAGUCCGGGUGGCCAUGCUACCUGGGUUGCGUCCGGUGGUUUGGAUCAUAAGCUCUAUCUAUGGGAUUUGAAUGGAUGUGGAGAGAUAUUGAGUAUUGAUGCCGGUGGUGAGGAUGCUACUGAGAAGGGCUCUGUCUAUGCUCUUGGUGCGGUAUCGUCGGUUCUUGCUAGCGGUGGUCCGGAGAAUGUCGUUCGGGUAUGGGAUCCCAGGUCUGGAAAGCUAGUCACCAAGUUUGUUGGACAUACGGAUAACAUCCGCGAUAUUAUGGUCAAUCAAUCUGGUGAUACGAUCAUGACGGCUUCGUCAGACCAGACAAUUAAGAUUUGGUCCCUUACAGCGGGACGAUGCAUGAAUACCCUGACUAUGCACAACGACAGCGUGUGGUCUCUCUACUCAGACCACCCCGACUUAUCAGUGUUCUACUCCAGCGAUCGAUCUGGUUUGGUGGCUAAGACUGAUACACGAGGUUCUCCCGAUCCCGAACAAGGAACCUGCGUUGCGGCACUACAAGAACACGAGGGUGUCGUCAAGGUCGUGGCAGCAGGAGACUACAUCUGGACUGCAACUCCCAAGUCGAGCAUCAAUCGCUGGAGAGAUGUUGAUACUACACUUGAUAUCGAGCCGCCGCCGGACCCGGCCCCUACCAUCGAAUCUACCGCGGAGCCUGUCAAAAAGGUGGAAGAUGGCCCUAAGAAGAUUCCAUUCAAUGCCGCUCUUCAGCUCUCGGCUACUUCAACACUUCUUGGUAGCUCUACUCCUAAUGGAAACACCCCAGAGCCCAAUCUGGAAGCAAUCGGUUUAACGAUCCCGGUUCAUUCCUUACCAGAAGAAACAAUCGAGGGUCAGCAUGGCUUGAUCAAGUGUCUUAUGUUGAAUGAUCGCAUGCACACACUCACUCAGGACUCUGCGGGAGAAGUUGUGCUCUGGGAUCUGUUGAAGUGUGUUCCGGUCAAGGAAUUUGGUAAGCGUCAUAUUGAUGAUGUUGCGUCAGAAGUCAACACCACUGAGAGUAUUGCGCAUUGGUGUACGAUCGAUGUACGCACUGGUCGACUUUCGGUCAUUCUGGAACCGAAUCGUUGCUUCGAUGCGGAGGUCUAUGCUGAUUGCGCCGAUUUGGCGCCCUCUGAUAUGGCCGAGUUUAGAGAGGAUCAGCGAAUUAAUCUUGGCAAAUGGAUCUUGCGGUGGCUCUUUGCUCCGGUGGUGGAGGAGGAAAUUCGCCGAGACAACGAGUACCGUCAAGCUGCUAUUGCAAAGGCAGAAGAAAAUGCUCGACAAAACGCCAUCAGUACAUCAGUGCCGGCAGACGACAUCCCGCGCAGCGUUGGCAUUCCUAUCUCGAAUCCCAAUUCAACAUGGACCUUGCGCCCUGGCCCAGACUUCCCUGCCAGUCCCAGCACCGGUAUCGGCAUCAAUGUUGGCACACCAUCAUCAAAUUACUUGAGUACUUCCAUGCAGAGCAACUCUCCGUUCCCUAUGUUUGAGCCAGAUACUCCCGAGCCUUCGGGGCCUACACAAUCACACCUUGAUGGCGGGCCAUCCUCCUUCUCGGAUCGAAGUGAUUACUUCUCAAACAGGCCCACGGUGCAGACCGAAACAUCUAUCAUGUCACCUUUGCCCUCCGAAAGUGGUGCCUCCAAUGCGGGGGUUCCUCAGUCUCCCGCAGAGCCUGAUAAAGAGGAGCGCAAGAAGGGUGGAUCUCUCUUUUCGAAGAAGUUCCGAAUGGACUUCCCCAAGAAGUUGACUCGUACUUCUACUGAUACCAAGCCUCAGAUUCUCGAAGAGAAGGCUGAAGAGUCUGAGGUUUCUUCUGUUAAGGAGAAGGUGUAUGAGCCCAAUCUCUGUGGUGUUGUUGAUCGGAUUCGUCAUGACUAUGAAGAAUACCUGUCUACAAAUACCAACCUCGAGUUAGAGACAGCUAUUACACCCAGUCCACAGAAUGAAACACCCCGGUUGGAUGUUCCUCCUCGGGUUGCGGUCUUCAUUCAGGAGGAAACAGGUGAUACUGCAGUUGCUUCCGAUCUCUACCGAGGCAGCGUGGAUCGAAUCGGCGAGGAUCUUGAGAGGCUCAAGAAAUCAAUUCCCCAUUGGCUUGGUGAGCUUCUUCUUAAGAACCAAAUCCCCUUCAAGGAACAAGUCAAGAUUGCAUUCGUGUUGAAACCCUUCGAUGAUUCCCUGCCAGCAGUCGUCAAACCGGAACCACCCGCCAUGAAUGGCGCACCACCCCCAAGCAACUUGAAUCCCAACACCAAUGGUUCCCGAUUGAAUGCGAACCGCAUGCUUCGCGCCAAGAAGGUUCUCGCUUACGUUGCUGAGCGCAUCGAUCCUGCAAACCCCGAUGACCCCGAGGAGUCUAGGAUGCCACCGGAAGAUUAUCUCGAGCUAUACUGCCAAAAGACGUUCUGUCCACCAAACAUGACCCUAGCAACAAUCCGCACAUGCCUGUGGCGCACCUCAGGAGACAUGAUCCUCUACUACAAAGCAAACGGCAAGAAAGAAAUACACCCGCCUCGCUCCCUACUAGGUUUCGACGACAACCCAACCCCCGUAGGCGAUUCCAACGGCACAAACGGCGACCACGCACCCCCAGGUAGCAUCCACUCAAUGACGAACUCAGGAUCCGUCGCCGGCUCCGUCGUGACCUAG